AGCAACCUCUCUCCUAUCAAAAAAAAAGAAAAAAAAAGAAGCAACCUCUCUCUCUCUCUCAGACCAUUUAAAAGCGACUCGAAGAUAAAAAGAAACCCGAAAAUGAGAAACUCUCUCUCUCUCUCUCACUGAGUUUUGUGUUAGACAGAGAUAUUAGGAACAGAGUCUGAGACUGAGAGCUUCUCAAACCAAGUCCAUUGCCUCCAUCUUAUGAUCACAGACACAGCAGAAUCUACUUUUUCACAGCCUCUUUAUCUCUGAACCCCACAGAGCAAAGUGAAACGAAAAUCUCACACCAAUCAAGUGUAAUGACUGAACUGCCAAAGAUAAACCCUUGAAAACCUCAGAAAAAUACUAGUCCGAAUCACAACGAAAGCGAGGGCAUAAUGGUCGUAUAGAAUAUUUAGUAGGGUUAAAGAAGAAGCAAUUCUGUUACAGUGUGAACUUACACAACAAGAAAACACAGAUUUCACGGUCCUGAUUAGAUCGAUCAGAGUAGGUAUCAGCCAGUCGUCCUUUUGUUUUGUGCCGUGCGUUGCACGUUUCUGCGGUACCAGAAAAAUUCUCCUCAGUUUGCAGAUUCUUCUGUGUGAUUUUUGUUCGUGGGAAUCAUAGAGCAACUAGCUGAAUGAAGAAUUUGUGAAUAGGGGGAUCUUUCUUUGCUCCAUAUCUAUGCUCUUUGUCACAGAAGACAGAGCAUUGCCCAGCUGAACUGUAUAGGUUGUAGGAAUGGAGAGCGGUGAAAGCAGAAGUAGCAGUAGUGGGAGACACAUUGUGUACAAAGACUCCUCUUGGUUUAGCCAGUUCCGAAAUGGGUCCAAUCCUUGGAUGGCCAGAUAUGUCUACGCCUUGAUAUUUCUAGUUGCAACUCUGCUAGCUUGGGCUGCUCGGGAUUAUGGCCGCUCUGCCUUGACAGAAAUGGAGAGAUUAAAAGGAUGUGAAGGUGAAAAAGAUUGUUUGGGUGCUGAAGGUGUUCUUCGAGUGAGCUUGGGUUGUUUUACGUUCUUCAUCACAAUGUGUCUUUCAACAACUGGUUCCUCGAAGUUGGGUGAGCCCAGAGAUUCAUGGCAUUCUGGAUGGUGGUCUGUCAAGAUUCCUGUGUGGAUUUCCCUCACCAUUAUCCCUUUUUUGCUUCCUUCUGCCAUUAUUCAACUCUAUGGAGGAUUUGCACAUUUUGGUGCCGGGGUCUUCCUUUUAAUUCAGCUGAUAAGCAUAAUCAAAUUCAUUAUGUGGCUGAAUGAUUGUUGUCAUCCCGAAAAAUGUGAAGAAAGAUGCCAAAUUCACGUGAUGUUACUCGCAACUACUGCAUAUGUUGUGUGUUUAGCGGGAAUAAUUUUGAUGUACAUUUGGUACGCACCAGAGCCAUCUUGCCUCCUCAACAUCUUCUUCGUUACCUGGACCUUGGUACUCCUCCAAUUCAUGACCAGCGUCUCUCUUCACCCAAAAGUAAGUGCUGGCAUCUUGUCACCAGGGCUCAUGGGGCUUUAUGUAGUAUUCAUCUGUUGGUGUGCAAUUAGAAGUGAGCCAGCAGGGGGAAGUUGCAUUAGAAAAUCAGAGGCUACAGACAAAACAGACUGGCUUACCAUCAUAAGCUUUGUUGUUGCUGUACUUGCAAUGGUUAUUGCAACAUUUUCAACAGGCAUAGAUUCCAAAUGCUUUCAGCUGCAGCUCAGGACGGAUGACGUGCAAGCUGAAGAUGAUGAUGUUCCAUAUGGUUAUGGCUUCUUCCAUUUUGUCUUUGCCACAGGAGCAAUGUACUUUGCAAUGCUAUUGAUUGGUUGGAAUACCCAUCAUGCGAUGAGAAAGUGGACUAUCGAUGUGGGUUGGACCAGCACAUGGGUCAGAAUAGUAAAUGAGUGGCUGGCUGUCUGUGUUUACUUAUGGAUGCUUGUGUCUCCAAUCAUAUGGAAAAACAGACAUGCAGCUGAAUCCACAUGAGAUAUUCAAAGAAAUCUCCAUUUUUUUCUUCUUUGGUCAUUGCCCACUCAUUUAUUGUGCAUAUGGGAAUCCUUCACCCCUUACAGAUAGGAAAGGAACUGCUAUAUACUCAAGACUCAGGCCAGAGCAACCCAGCCAAUAUAAGUGUACUGAUUGGAUUUUUUUUUUUUUUUUUUGGAAGAUAUACUCCUCUGGCUUCAUGCAAAGGGUGAAGAAAGAAAACAAGAAUUAUUCAUAUUACUUGAAAGAUGAGAUCCAUCUUGUUAUUUGUAAAUACAGUACUGGCAGAUCAUAUAAUGGAUAUCUUAUGGAACUAUAAAGGUCUCGGAUGCUAA